GAAUGAUUCAAUUAACAUUUUGGUAGUAUAAAUACCAAACUUUGCAAUGAGACGGCGGUCAGUAUUCUUAAGGUUUUCAUGACGAACGCAAUCGUUUUUUAUUCAAAAUGUUUAAAUCGUAUGGAAGUUUGGUUGUUGUGCUUGUUUUAAGUGUAAUAGGUAUUGUGAAUGGUGAUUCAAAUGUAAGAGUGACCGCACCACAAAAAAAUCCAGAAUAUCCAAAUAAAUGCUGGGACGAAUCGACACAAACCGCUUAUUCGGUCGGGUCACAUAAUCCAAAAAAUUCUUGUCAACGCAUUCAUUGCUAUCCAGACUUUCGCAUUAAGAUCACAACAUGUGGAACACAUUCAUCGGGCGAAGGUGAAAUUGUCGAACAAGACUUAUCGAAAAAUUAUCCAUUUUGUUGUGCGAAAUUAGUCAAGGCAGAGAAGAAAGCCAAACGUGUUGAUCAUACGUUUGGUGCAAGUGAGGUGAGAAUUAAUAAAUUCCGAAGCCGAAACAGAUCAACGGCAAAGGAGUUGAAAACUAAAACAAAUGAAGACGCAUCAACAUCGACACCAUCACUAUCAAAAAAACAUGUUAUCGAAAAAGUAGCAGCUAAUGAGAAUUCUGAAUAAAAUACAUUGGAUAUCAAUUUAAA